GGUGGCUCGGGCUGCUCCCUCCCCCGGCGUCUCCGAUAGCGACCGAGCUUGUCUCCUCGGCUUCGGAGACGGACCGUCAUCAUGAUCUCGCUCACGGACACCCAGACCACGACUGGGAAGCCACCUUCCAGGAGUUCCCAUAAAUCGGCAUGGGACUGACGGGAUUCGGAGUGUUUUUCCUGUUCUUUGGGAUGAUUCUCUUCUUUGACAAAGCACUACUGGCCAUUGGAAAUGUCCUGUUUGUAGCUGGCUUGGCUUUCGUCAUCGGUCUAGAAAGAACAUACAGAUUCUUCUUCCAGAAACACAAAAUGAAAGCCACGGGGUUUUUCCUGGGCGGCGUGCUCGGGGUCCUUGUCGGUUGGCCGUUGAUAGGCAUGAUCUUCGAAGUUUAUGGAUUCUUUCUCCUGUUCAGGGGCUUCUUCCCAGUUGUCGUUGGCUUCAUUCGAAGAAUACCUAUCCUUGGAUCCAUCUUAAAUCUACCUGGAAUUAGAUCAUUUGUAGAUAAAGUUGGAGAAAGCAACACUAUGGUAUAACAACAAGCGAAUUUGAAGACUCAUUUCAAAUGUAUUAUUUAUAAAAUCCUUUGGAAGAAUAUUCAGCACAAAGUUAAAUUACCUGAAAUAGCUUGUGUAAUGUUCUUUACAGAAGUUUAAAACGUAUAGCUUCAAAGUACCAACAAUUAGCAAAGAAACAGUGAGAACAGACUUCUAGUCAAGUGAUCUGAGAAGUCAGUGAGCAGACAGAGGGGAUGAAGUCCGUGUUGCGUUGAGACUCUUGAAGGCUGUUGCUGCCUUUCCACGCGUGUGAAGCAGCCAUCCUUAGACAACUGUGGUAUCUGUUACUUUCUUUUUUUUUUUUAAAGGUUCAGGACUAUCCAUAGGCACUUUGCUUUUUAAAAAUGUCACUGUAAUGGCCAAGAUGUUUCCAGGUGCACUGGAUCUGAAAAUGAUGCAUGACUUGACUUGAAUUAUGUUGUUUUAAUGUAACCAGACCCAAGGAGAAACCAGUCUUCAUGUAUGAUUCACUGUUUUGUAAACAUGGAUAAAAUAAAACUUUCAUGCUUCUGAACAGCAGUGUUUUCAAGCCAGAUGAGAGCCCCGGGGUCCGCAGAGGUCACUAUGAGCUUUGCCUGCUAAAUUGUCACCGCCGACGCGCUUUCUUCUCAGCCCCACACUCGGGAGGGGUGGGGUGCAGGCUUCUCAGAGUCUGAGCCCCCCCUGGUGUCCACACGGGUCACUGCACAUGGACAUCUGAUAAACAGCCAUGGCCGUGAAGCCAUCUGUUACGUAGGUGGCUUGGGUAGUUUUCUGAGCAUCUAAAUGAUGCAAACCAAAUGAAUUUUUUCCCCACUGCAUUGUAAAUGUCUUUAUUUGUGUCGUUUAUUAAACUCCACAGUGGCUUGUUACCUUGUUUUUCAUGGGUGAACUAAUAACUUGGUAAUUUUCAAGGUAUGUAACAUGUUAAAAUGUCAAUUUUAUAACUGUUUUAUAAGGGCUGUUCACUUAAUCUUGUUUUGCCUGAUUUUCUUUUAUCAUAAAAAAAAAAAAUCACUGUCCAUGACCUGUUUCCUAUGACCAUCCUUCACCUUGACUUGGUGGAGAAAAGAGCCAAGUUCAUACGCUAGAGUUAUUUCACCGAAAGUAAACAGGCAGUGGUUUCUCAAAAACGCAAUCUGCGGGGAGGGGACAGUGUCUCUGUCUUUCAGCAGUUGCUGCCUUGGCCUUCAGGGUGGCAGCUGUCGUGGUAGGUACAGGAACACAGUAUUCUUUGUUUGCCACCGUCAACUUCUGGACUGAUUCGUACCCGUCAGGAAGCAAGUCAUCAUUGGAAUUGUGGCAUCUAUUGACAGCCAUUGCUAUAAAAUACAUCACAGUGUCGGUCAGUUAAGUUUCUAGGUGCCCAGAGGAUUCCCGGCCUUGCCCAUCUGCGGAGGAAAAGGCAGGCAUGUAGCGUGGUGGUUCAGGCUUGUACACUGCUGUCACUUUUCAUACUUAAACCUCUGACUUGAUGAUGUAAUCUGUAAAAAUGCGAUAAAUGGAGCCUCCUACCUCAAUAGUUCAUGGGAUAACAAGAGACCCGGUGUGUCCAAUGCUCAAGUAAUACCUUCACUUGGAGUGUCAAGUCACACGCUCUGGGAACUGGCCUAUAUAAGGUGCCCUGUAGGACUCGUGCAUAUUUUUGACUGACCUAUGAUUUAUAGUGGCUAGAUAUUUUUACCUUUGUGGAGCAAGAACUCUGUCGGUGUGAGGAGCAUCUGUAUCUAACCCCUUGGUAGACACAAAUUUCCAUCUAAGUACUCCCUACACAGUGACGUCCCUUCGCAGCAUUUGCGCUUUGGAAAGCACCCUUGGACUUUGAAGACUGGAUCGUCUGCCAGGCCUUAGCUAGAUGGAGGGAUCGGAGCAGUUGAGGCUCCCCGCGAGUCCGUAGUGGGGGAUCCAGCGUGAGUUUGGACUGCUGGACGACAACACUAUUUCCUCAGAACUCUGUCGGGCCGUGUUUACUAAGACCAGCCUCUGGCAGAAGCCCUGUCCAUGGGGUUUCCCCGAUCCAAAAUCAGUCAUAGGUCUUUGUGACAAGAAAAAAAGAAAAGUAUCUUGAUCAGAUGGAGAUACAAGUUUAAUAGUACUUAGCCUUAAGUGUUGCUAUCCUUGUUCAAGUGUAUUUUCUGUAACAGAAACCUGCUUGCAUUGUUUCUUCCCUUCUAGAAUGUAACCGAUCUCUGGGACACUGCUGCUUUAAACGUCUCACGGUCAGACAACAUGUUCUGAACAGCGGAACACUGUAAAUACACUUGUCUUACCUCUCAAUAAAAGGGUACUUUUCUAUUA